GCGGUGUAAUAAUUGCCCGGCUAGUUAGUCUUUUGUUUCAGCUCCUCGAAAAUGAUGUCGGUGGCUGAUAUCAAGUGUCGUCUUAUUGGCUACGCUUUCGCAAUGCGAAAUACGAGCACUCGGCAGUGUGAUACCCCAGGCAUCCGCAAUUACAGGGAUAAUCAUUGGACGAGAACUUACAUGCAGUUUUGAAGUUCAAUUCUUGGGUCAACUAUCCAUCAGCAUGGCAACUACUACGAAACAAAGAUUCCAUACUUUGUUCAAGGAUGAUUCAUCAAACGACGACAAUAAGAUUGAACUCUUCUCCCCCGGCGAAUCUCAACAGCAUACUGAGAUCACGGCAUUCAACACUAUCUCUCAAUCCAAUGUCGUUCCUCUGAGAAAGCUGAAACAAUGGCCUCGGGCUGUGAUAUGUCCUGCCUGUCGAGAACUCUCUCUGACCCGAGUUGAGCGCAAGAUUUGUGGCGGCACGCAUGCCAUGGCUGCGUUAAUGUUUGCGUGCACGAUCGUUGGAGGCCCUCUUGCGUAUAUCGGGAAUCAGUGGAAGAAUACUGAGCAUUACUGUUGCAGAUGCAACCGGAGACUGGCGACUUGGCACUUCAGCUCUGGGACGGAGAUUCAUGUUUGGUAAUUCAUGUCGCUGUAUCGAAGAUAAAUGAUUUAUUGGAACACAGCUCGCU